AUGGCAAAGAAAUCAAUCCCAUCAGCGCCUGCGCCCGGCAUCAAAGUGGUCGCCCUGCACCCCAUUGACCAACGCAAGCCGGUUGGGGAGUUACGGACCAUCGUUUUCUUUGUCAUCAGGAGCACCUUGGACCAACAACUCUUGCGCGACUCACUCGAUAAGCUCAUCCGGAACCAUCUUCCCGUCCUGGGCGCGCGUCUGCACGAAUCCCCAAAAGAAGGCGGAUUGGACGAGUUCCAUUACCCAGAGACGUAUCCUGACGAUGCCACCCUUUUUGGAUGGUCGGAAAAGUUCAUUGAAUCGACCCUGGACGCGACCAAACUCAUCCCGGACACUUCAGCAUCCAAUGGGUCUGUGGUCUGGGGCCUUUCUAUGGAGGAUAUCGAGGCGGCUUGGGCCCCAUCUGACUGGAGUUUUCAGCGCAAGGAUGACAAACCAGACACACCUCUGCUCUUGGUCCAUUUCACAGGCUAUCAUGAUGCUUCGGUCCUCACACUGAAUAUUCCGCAUUGCGUUUCUGACCAGAAGGGUCUUGCGAGCAUGGUGCAGGCAUGGCUCGCCGUCGCUCAGGGGUUAGAGCCGCCCCCUUUCAUAACGCUGGAGCCUGGUGCCCUCGACGGACCUGACCUGCCGCAAAGUGAGCUUCGUCAAAAAGGGAAAUAUCGAUUGAAGUCAAAAGGGGAGUAUAUUCGGUCGAUUGUCGGACUCUUGCCCGACGUAAUCCGGAACCGAGAGGAGACUGGCCGAUUGAUGUUCUUGCCCGUAUCGCUCGUCACGCGUCUGCGAGACCGUUGCAACGAUGAACUAACGUCCAAGCACGGUUCAGACCACCCAGUUCUAACGAAUGGUGAUGUUAUUUCAAGUACUCUUGCCAAACUCGCCCACCUAAGCCGAAACAAGAAAACGAAGACGUUUGUUUUAGGAGAAACUGUUAACGCUCGCGGACGGCACCCAGCUCUGCCUGAAGGCAAACACUAUCUGCACAACUGUCCCGCGUAUGCCUGCGCGCGUUUCAAAUUUAAUAAAGAUACACCUCUCUCAGAGAUAGCACUCAAACAUCGGUUAUCAGUCAACGAGACUGCCCAGACUGCUAGCAUCGAACGCAGCUUCGCUGUUACUAAGAAGGUGUUUGACGGAGGAUAUGGAUUUCCCAUGGGCGAAGCAGGAGAUCUAAGUUUUCAUGUCACUAACUGGUCAAGUGCGUGGCAUGGUAUUGAUUUCUCCCACGUGAGAAAGGAUUCAUCAGCGACAAAUGUGACAGAUGAGGGCAAUGGAGCACCCGAUGGUAUUUCUAAUGCAGCGCUUCCCAUGCUGGUUCUUGGGAGUUCCACACAACGGGACUCAAGUAUUCAUAGAUUGAGUGCACCUAUUUUGUGUAAAGCCGACGGGGGAUACUGGGUGGCCUUUACCACGUCAACGAAGAACAUGUUACUCGUGGAUGAAUUACUCCAAAAAGACCCUUUCCUGGAUACUCUAUAG